AGUAUCUGUGCUAUUCUUAGUCUCAGUGUUCGUUUUAGAAUAUUUCAGUCAGUGUAUUUUGGUAGUUUGAUAUGCAGUUUUGUAUUUUGAAGUGUUGACAGUACACAUGUUUAUAUAUGGACUCUCUUCUUUACAAUUAAAAUUAAUCACAUUGUCUCAGUGCCAAAAUUAUGGUAAGGACUAUUGUAUCCUCAUCAGAGAGACAUGCAGACAAAUUUUAAAGUUUUUGGAAGUUCAAUCCAAUUAUGGUAAUAAACAGUAUGGCAAGAAAAAGUGUCAAUUUUCUAAAAUAGCACUGACAACAUCAGGACUGAGUGGUUUAUCCAAAACAGAAAACUGCUGUUACAUCAAGCUCCAGCACAGUACUGUUUGAGGACAUAAUUGUUGAGGAAUUACUGCACAAUAUCGAAGACAAAAUCUAGAUGGAAAUUUGGAUUUCCAUGAACAAAUUUCCUGAAAUGAUUUCCAUGAAAAAAAAAAUGAACAGACCAAAAUGGGCCAAUCCAUCUAAAAGCCAGCUUCCUUGCUUGAAAAAUAGCGCCAUUAAAUACCUAAAAGGUUAUACAGGGAGAUGGUUUACCUAAUCAGAUCUGUACCCAAUGUCUACAAAGUGUAAACAGGGCCUAUACAUUUAAACAACUUUGUGAAAAAUCUGACAUGGCAUUGAGAAGUUAUUUAAGCAUUAACUUACAACCAAUUGCUUUGCCUACCGAAAAUCUUAUUAAUGAAGUAAAGAGUGAUUUAUUUAGUACUAGUGAAGUUCUGCAACAGAGUUCUUUAUUUCAAGAUAUCUUCAAUGAUGCCACUACGCAUUCCUUUGUUGAAACUUUUACAAAUCAGAAUACUAGCACAGAUCUGGCUGAAACUAUGCAAAGUCUCCAAACCAUUGCUGAACAGUGUCUACCAGAAUCAUGGGAAAGUGACGGUAAUAUUGUUCCUUGUAAUUCAGAUGAAGCAACAGAUAAUUUUAGUCUAGAUGCUUUGUACAAGUGUCAAUUUUGCGAAAAUAUAUUUAAAGAUGAAUGGUCUUUAUCCGAGCACCUAAAAAUUCACACUAUCCAACAUAGAUACUUUUGUAAUAUGUGUGACAAGAUAUAUGACGAUUCAAAUGAACUGAAUAAACAUAUCAUAGAACAUACAUUUAUUGACAAUCAAAAGAGCCAGGACAUAGAUCAUACCAGUUCUAAAGAAGUCUUUAAAAAUUUUAAGUGCCAUAUAUGUGAUCGAGAUUUUCCAGAUUCUAAAUUUCUAAAAAGGCAUUUGAAAGAAAUUCACUUUAUUGAGACCGGCCCUGAAGUAGAAAUAGAGAAAAAGUUUGGAUGCAAUAUAUGUGGGAAAAGAUAUCGGCACAAUAAACUUUUGGCCACUCACGUAAGGCUGCAUACUGGAGAGAGACCUUUGAGUUGCGAUAUCUGUGGAAGAAAUUUUGCCUUACCGUCUUCACUACAUAAGCACAAAAUGAUCCACAGUGCGGAGAAAAAGUUUGUUUGUAAUAUAUGUAAUAAAAAGUUUAGCCAAUCGUCACACCUCAAUGAGCAUAUAAGGAAGCAUGCAGGGCAAAGACCUCACAUUUGUAAUAUUUGUGGAAAACGCUUCACUAUCAACUCAAAACUGGUGGUGCAUAUGAGAACCCAUACUGGAAUUAAGCCUUAUAAUUGUGAUUUUUGCGAAAUGUCAUUUGCUAGUAAUGUACAAUUAAAAAAGCACAGAUUGAUACACACAGGUGAAAAACCUUAUCCUUGUUGGCAGUGCGGAAGAGCGUUUCGCCGAAAGGAAACAAGGGACACCCAUGUACGAUACCAUACUGGAGAACGACCCUAUUCUUGUCAGAUAUGCUCAAAGAAAUAUAUAGCCGCAAGUCAUUUAAGGGACCAUAUGAAGACACACAGCAACAAUCGCAAAUACGAGUGUAUGAUAUGCUUGCAGAAGUUUUUUGAUUCAAAGACACUCAAAAAUCAUAUGCGAACUCAUUCUGGACAAAAACCUUACAACUGUCAAUAUUGUGGAAAAGAGUUUUCUCAAAAUGGAGCUCUGUCAACACACAUUAAACAUUGUCAUACUCAAUAAAACAUUUUCAAAAU